CUUCACAUAAUGGGUUUUUAGUGUUUUAAGACUUGAGAUUUGAGUGUUUUCCUUUAGCAGCUCAUGACUAGCUUAACUACUACAAGAUAGUUAUUACAUUAAAAUAUCUCUUUCAUGCAUUGUGGUCCCUCGAGUGGACAGCUAUUUCCAUAUGUAUAUGUGUGGGUGAUGGUAAAUUUGCAUAUAAACAAUUUAAUUGGACUCUAGCGUGUUGUUCCAUACUCGGCAUCGACUGCUGAGCCUGUGUGGGUUUAUCUCUAAAAAUAUAUGUAACACAAAUUAACAACAAAUGAGUAAAUAUUAAUUGUUAGGGUUUGACCCUAUGUUGGGAUUACAUUUUAAUUAAUCAUCUUCAUGUUAAUGUGCAUAUUAUUCAUUGCUGGCAAUAUUGCAUGUAAAACUUUAGCAAUUGUUGUGACAAUAAUGGUCUUGAACAGAUAUUAGCAGUGCUAAUUGUUCUGCAACAGUUAGAACAUGUUUAGUGCCAACUUAAUCAUGGCACUAAACAUGUUUUAUUUAUAUGACUUAAAUGCUCAGUAACAUUGAAAUUAAUGUUAUAUGUCAGACUGUAAAAUAACCUAGAAGUGGGGUUGUGAAGCUAAUAUUCAGUUCAAAUGAGGAUAAUAAUUGUGAUGGAGAACAUCAAUGUCUCAAAAAGAACGCUGAUGUUCCUGAAGUAGCUAAGGAUUUUGAUUAAGCUCAGGAUAUACGAGCUCUAAGACAUAAGAAGGUAAACUAUCAGAAGCUCAGUGUGUUUCAGUGCUUUAGUGAUGUUUUUUUUUGUUCUUUAUUUGUGUACGCAGUUUAUACAUGACUUUCAUUUCCUGUUUAUUCAGUUUCGUGUGCAAUAUUUGGGUUGUUCUUGAAGAAAUGUUAAUUUUAAAAAACACAGUUCAACAAGGGAAAGGAAGAAGAGCUGAAUUAAAAGUAACAACAGUAGAACAUAAGAAAUGUGGUGAUUUGUAAUAUUUUAGAGUUCUUCUACACCUUAAUAAAACUUUUCUAAAUUCAUGUUAUGAACUUAGGUGAACAUGAAGAGCCAGUUGGAAACACGCAUAAUAAAUAAUAAUACAUUUAUUGCACUUUUCUUAAAGACAAAUAUAAAAAUAGGGGGAGAAACGUAAGUGAGGUUAUCACAGUUCAUUCAUAAAAAUGAUAUAUAACCACACACAUUACAUAGUAGAAGGAUAUAUGAGAGACACACCUCGCAGUCCUGUUAAGCUCAGCUAAACAGUCUUCACAAUGCAAAUCCCUGUGCGCAGCAAGUCAGCAUGUUUGUCCACACGGAGCUGUGCAGGCUGGAGACUGUAGUCCAGUGCAGUCGGGAGGCACAGGCCGCUAUGAUUACACAAAGGUAGGCCAGAACCACAUCGCCCAGCAUGUCUCUCCACACCUGCAUGUUUACCUAGUGGUUACUAGGAGAUUUAAAAAUGAAAUUCUAGAACACACAAAUGCAGUCUUGCAAUCUUUCGAUUUCUAGUUUUGUUGUGAGGAACUGUUGUGGAUUUACCAAGUUGCAUCAGCUGAUUUUGAAAUCAAAAGUCACCUGUCGGGGAUUUCUGAGUUUAUCUGCAUAGAGGACUGCUACUGGACAUGCAGCCUGGCCUUCAGGUAUGUAUGCCCACCACUGCGUUGCUGGGCCUGCUGUGCCGAGGCUGCCUCAGCAGGGCACAGAAUCGACCCAGUCGCAGCUUCAGCUCUUGGCCUAGAAAGAUGACUAGGUGGAACAGUCAGGAGUCCUGCAAUGCUGAUACACCUCAGGAAAACCCACGUGUGCUCAUCACAGGUGGUUUGGGGCAACUGGGAGUGGGGCUUGCUCAAAUGCUUAGGAACCAGUAUGGGCCAGAGAGAGUGAUCUUGUCUGACAUCAAGAAGCCCCCUUCUCAUGUUUACACCAGUGGGCCAUUUGUGUAUGCCGAUGUGCUGGACUACAAGCACCUCAGAGAACUGAUCAUAAAUAAUCGCGUUACUUGGCUGGUUCACUACAGCGCUUUGCUUAGCGCUGUGGGUGAGGCUAACGUAGCGUUAGCACGAAAAAUUAACAUCACAGGUCUACACAACGUUCUGGAUCUGGCCUUGGAGAACUGCCUUCGCCUCUUCGUCCCCAGUACCAUUGGGGCAUUCGGUCCUUCUUCUCCCCGUGACCCCGCCCCUGACCUCUGUGUACAGCGUCCUAGAACCAUCUAUGGUGUCUCUAAAGUGCAUGGCGAACUGAUGGGGGAGUAUCUCCAUCAUAAAUAUGGCUUGGACUUUCGCUGCCUGCGUUACCCUGGUGUGAUAUCAGUCAACACUCCUCCUGGUGGAGGAACAACAGACUAUGCAGUUCAGAUCUUCCAUGAUGCUCUCAGCACAGGUCACCAUGAGUGCUACUUGCGACCUGACACCCGUCUUCCCAUGAUGCAUAUCUCUGACUGCCACCGGGCCACGGUAGAGUUUAUGCAAACUCCAGAGUGCCAGCUGUCUCUGCGCACUUACAACAUAGCCGCCAUGAGCUUCACACCGGAGGAGGUGGCCCAAGAAAUUCGCAAGCAUCUCCCACACCUUAAGGUCACCUACAAUCCAGACUCAGUGCGCCAAACAAUUGCUGACAGCUGGCCUGUGAGAUUUGACGACUCCAACGCCAGGAGGGAUUGGGGCUGGGCACCAGCCUUCGGGCUCGAGGAGCUGGUGAAAGACAUGCUGCGCUGCGUCAGAGACAAGAGGACCAGAGAGGGAUUUCCUGUCAGCUAGCAGUUCCUUUUUGGCAGCUGAUAGACAAAUACUUCACCACUGGCUUUUUCAACCUGCAUUUAUCAACAACUUUCUUUUACUUCACUGCGACAGAGCAUCAGUGAACUCUUUUAAUCAGAACCUUUUAGUUUAUAGUGAAACUUGCUCAGUCUACUUCAGGAAAUCAUACACUGUUGAAGCUUUUUCACAUUUGUUUUUUGUCUUGUCAUAAGCAUCACUUUACACAUCAGAAAGUUGCAUAAAUUACAGAAAAAAACCACACAUUGCUAUUUUUAAGGAACAGAGAUCUCUAAAUGUUACGUUUCCCGCAUGCAACAACAUAAUAUUCUAUUACAGUAUAUUUUUUUACAAUAGACCAGAGGCAACCUUUAGAUUUACAAAACUGUUGUUUGCCAGAAUAUUCUGGUAUGGCCGCUCACCUAACUCUGGACUGCUUACCACAUUGUUCAUUCUGGCUGCCUUUAAAACACUCUUUUAUGAUAUCAAAA